UGAUCAGGCUGACUACCAACAUAUACCAGAAGCAACAUCACUCGACUCUAUGCCAGGGUUUUCUAAAGAAGAUAGGAUAAAGGAUGGUUCGGUUGUUGUUGAUACUGGUGAAUUAGUUGAUACAUUUUUGAAUGACCAAAGUUUAUUGGAAAAAAUUGCUGAUACCAUAAAUAAAUCUUUUGAAGCUCAAAAAGAAACUGACAAUAUUCUAGAGAGUAAAGUCUUAGAUCCUCCUACUCUUGAAAAAGCAUUAGACUCUACUCAGUCUGAUCCACAAAUUAAAAACAUACUAGAUGAGUUUUUAGUUUUUAAUGUUGACAAUGCUGAUAUUGGUAAAAAACCGAGUAUUAAUGAUCAGCAAGACUCAAUCAAAUCUCGUUUACGUAGUGCCAAGAAAAAAGAUGAUGUGCCAAGCAAAUUAAAAAAGAAUAAUCUUAAUAUCACAAAACAAAUGGUUUAUGGUAAUGAAGAGUGUUUAAAAGUUGACAAUAAUAUUGUUUUGAUACAUGAAGGUAAUAUUAGAACAACAGCUUUUGAAAAUUAUGAUUUGUUAUCAAAUCAAUUAGUUAUACAAUCAAGUGAUCCGUAUAACUUUGACUCAACUAAAACAGAAUCAG